AAUUGGAGGUUCAUUCUUACAUUAGUUCGAUCAUCGCUACCUAUAUAUCACAUUAUUAGCCCUUCACUCUCGCGAUCUCGGCAUCAGAUUGCAAUGUCGGACUUCGUUGAGCCUCAAAACCCACCUCCACCAGCGACUCAGGAGCCUGAAGCCACUCAAGAACCUGAACCUGUACCAGAUCCCGAAGUUGUACCUGAGCCCGAACCGGCACUUGAACCCGCGCCCGUGUAUGAGCCCGAACUGCUAGUAGCGGCUCCGGAAGUAUCUGAACAGCCUGAACAUAUACCUGAUCCCGAAGUUAUACCUGAGCCCGAACCAGUACCACAACUUGCGCCAGCGCCAGCGCCAGCACCUGAAGUCCCUGAACAACCCGAGACUGCACAUAAUCCCGAACCAGUAUCUGAGCCUGACCCGAUGGUAGCGACGUCUGAAACCCCUGAACCGCCUGGCCCUGUACCUGAUCCCGAAAUCGAACCAGAGCCAGAACCAGCUACUGAACCGGCGCCGGCACCCACACAGCCCGAACUUGUAACUGAGCCCGAACCGGUGGUCGCGGCGUCUGAAGCACCUCAAGCACUCCCGCUGGAGCCAAUACCUGAGCCAAUGACUGAAAAGUUGGAAGCACCUCAGGACACUGAACCUGCGCCAAUCCUAGAGCCCUUGCAAAAGGGUGCGGAAGUCCCAAUAUUACCCGCGGCACCUGUUAGAACAGCAACUACCGCCACCGCAAAGGCACGGAAGCGUGACAAGUUGAAGGCAAUAGUGCUGCCCAAGAUUGCAACUUUGCGUUGCCCCAAGGAAGCGGCACCGAUCGUUACGCAUCUGCGACAGAAGCAGAAGCAAGGCGUGGACAUCAAACCUAUCGUUGGAGCGAUGAUGAAGGCCGUUGAAGCAUGA